UUUCUUAAAUAGAAAUGAGAAUGUGAGCGGCUCCCCCGACCCCUUAUCGUCUUCACCAAGAGGGCUUCGUCUCGCCGCCCUCUUCCCCUCCAACGCAUCGCUAUCCUCGCCGGCCGGCCGUCGCUGCUGUCGCUGCCUUUCAGCUUGGCUGUUUAGGAUCAAUUUUGUGAUCCUUUGUAGCCUAUUUAAAUGUCGACCAUGCAGUGUGGAGGCACAUGGGUCUUUCAGUUGGGAGUUCGCCCUCAAUCAAGCCUGAGACCUUCAUCUCGGCAAAGCAUGGUUUGCUGUUAUGCUGAUAAGUUUUUGAUACCCCAGUUUAGCUUUUCAAGCACUGGGAAACAGUUUUCAUCUAUAUCGUCAAGCUUCUUUUCACAAGUCCCGCCAUCUACUCUAUUCAAUUCUGGACCUUGUCGGACUGUUCGGCGCCUAAGAGGAGCUUUUGUUGUUAGAGCAGAGAGUGACUACUACUCGGUGCUUGGUGUGUCAAAAAAUGCAACCAAAUCUGAAAUAAAAAGUGCUUAUCGGAAGCUUGCCAGGAGCUAUCAUCCAGACGUAAACAAGGAACCUAGUGCAGAACAAAAGUUCAAGGAUAUCAGUAAUGCCUAUGAGGUUUUAUCUGAUGAUGAGAAGAGAUCUAUAUAUGAUAAGUAUGGGGAGGCUGGUCUCAAAGGUGCUGGUAUGGGAAUGGGGGAUUUUAGCAACCCCUUUGAUCUGUUUGAGUCCCUGUUUGAAGGAAUGGGUGGAAUGGGCGGAAUGGGCGGGAUGGGUGGUAGCAGAGCAGCUCGUAACCGGCCAAUCCAGGGUGAUGAUGAGAGUUACAGUCUUGUCUUGAAUUUCAAAGAGGCUGUCUUUGGUGUUGAGAAAGAGAUCGAGAUAACUCGACUAGAGAGUUGUGCAACCUGUGAUGGCUCUGGAGCCAAACCUGGUACCAAGCCAACCAAAUGCAGCACCUGUGGAGGUCAAGGUCAGGUUGUCUCAUCUGCAAGGACCCCGCUGGGUGUUUUCCAACAGGUUAUGACUUGCUCUACUUGCAAUGGAACCGGGGAAUCUUUCACACCUUGUGGUACUUGUGGAGGUGAUGGGCGUGUUCGGAGGACAAAGAGAAUAAGUCUGAAAGUGCCCCCUGGUGUGGAUUCCGGUAGCAGGUUGCGUGUUCGAUCAGAAGGUAAUGCUGGAAGAAGAGGUGGCCCACCGGGAGAUCUUUAUGUCUUCAUUGAAGUCCUCUCUGACCCAGUGCUCAAGAGGGAUGGCACAAACAUUCUCUACACCUGCAAGGUCUCAUACAUCGACGCGAUCCUGGGAACCACUGUUAAAGUGCCUACAGUGGAUGGAAUGGUUGACCUGAAAAUUCCAGCAGGAACCCAACCUAGUACUACACUGGUGAUGUCGAAGAAAGGAGUACCGUUUCUUGGCAAGCCAAACACGAGGGGAGAUCAAUUAGUUCGUGUGCAGGUGGAGAUACCUAAGAGGUUGAGCAGUGAAGAGAAGAAGCUCAUCGAAGAACUUGCAAACCUUAGCAAGACCAAGACAGCAAACACUAGGAGAUAGUCAAAGAGUUUCUUGCCUUGUGCCUCAUAUAUGACUCAAUUCUUUCUUCUGUGACUGUUUGUUGGAAUAUAAUUUGGAUGAUGAACACAAGUUAUAGACUAGAUAUUUGAGAGGGCAUAGGUAAUUCUUAGGGUUGUAUUAUCCAACAGUGUUGAAUUAGUAGGAGCAUCAUGCAUAAUUUUAUGCUUCUCAAACAUUUAUCUUGAUAUCAGGGAAACCAGAAAGGCUUAAAUAUUGAGUAAUUGUUGGAUUUUAGGCCAA